AGCUGAUCCGGAGCGGGAGCGGCUCUGCAGGGCGGCGCGGCGGGGCGGCGGGAGCUCACAGAGCUGCAGGAACUGCGGCCUCUGGUGACUAUUUUCCUGUUUCAUGGAUGCCUCCUUUUACAAGCUCCCAACAGCUGUGGCUAAUAAAUACUGACAUAAUCAGGAAUUAAUAAUAGUAAUAUCAAAUGUUUUCAAACUUUACUGUGUGGAAGGCGCAGUUCUGUUUUCUGCAGAUAAAUUUAUUUAAUCUUCACAAAACCCUUUGAGGAUGGGGAACCAUGCAUCAUCAUCUUUGGGGAAGUCAGAAACUACUCCUGUGAACCAAAUCCAAGAAACCAUUUCUGAUAAUUGUGUGGUGAUUUUCUCAAAAACAUCCUGUUCUUACUGUACAAUGGCAAAAAAUAUUUUCCGUGACAUGAAUGUUAAUUAUAAAGCAGUGGAAUUGGACAUGCUUGAAUAUGGGAGCCAGUUUCAAGAUGCUCUUUAUAAAAUGACUGGAGAAAGAACUGUUCCAAGAAUAUUUGUCAAUGGAACUUUUAUUGGAGGUGCAACUGAUACUCAUAGGCUUCAUAAAGAAGGGAAGUUGCUACCACUAGUUCAUCAGUGUUAUUUAAAAAAGAAGAGAGAAUUUCAGUAAUGUAGGUACUUACCAUGACUAGUAAAUGUUAAUGUGAUAAUACCUGAUAAUGCCUUUUAAAUAUUUGAGGAUGUUUUAAAUGUGAAUUAUCUUCAUGAUUAAAAAUAAUGAAAAAUAAA